AUGAAAGACGGAAAGACCCUCCACGGCAGCAACAAACAGCCCGUCAACUCCACAGCAAUCUACACACUCCUCAUCCUCCUCUCCUUCUACAUCGGCUACUUCUACGCCGCCGACGACAACAACAACAACCACCCCGACUCCCAACUACCAACAACAACAACAACUGCCACCACCGCCGCCAUGACUCUCCCCGCGGAGCUCGACAACUUCCGAGCCUCGCCCAACUGCGCCGCCAACCCCUUACCCACCCGCCAAAUCCGACAAACCCUCAUCGACCGCGUCUACGGCGGCACCUCCCCUUUCCACGACUUCCCGCCGCCGCACGUGGCCGGAUCCCUCCGCCACAAGAGCCUCAAGGGCUGGGGCUCCACCACGCCCGUGUUCCGCCACCUCAUCGAGGAGGUCCGGCCCGAGGUCAUCAUCGAAGUCGGGACCUUUCUCGGCGCGUCGACCGUCCACAUGGCCAAGCUGGCGCGUGAGCUCGGCCUCGACGACACGGUCAUCUUGUGCAUCGACGACUUCCGCGGGUGGGCCGGGUUCAGGGAGGAGUUCCCCUUUAUCAAACAAGUCAACGGCGAUGUGAUGCUGUUGUAUCAGUUCAUGCAGAACGCGGUUUAUACCAACGUGACCGGUUCGGUCCUGCCGCUCCCGUUCUCGGCCGGUUCGACCCUGUCCGUGUUGUGCGAGUGGGGGGUGACCGCGGACCUGAUCGAGAUCGAUGCGGGUCAUGAGUUUACCUCGAUUUGGUCCGAUCUGAACCGGGCGUACCGGUUGUUGCGACCCGGUGGGGUCAUGUUUGGGCAUGACUAUUUCAUGGUGGGGGAUAGGCGUUCGGUCAGACGGGCGGUUCAUUUGUUCGCCCAGAUGUAUGGCCAUACGGUCCAGAUCGAUGGCCAGCAUUGGGUGCUGCGGACCUCUUGA